UGCACUAAUCUCUUUACCAAAGGCUGGCUCCCUCAGGCGUGAUCCGUCACACUUGAUUUUCUUCUCCUGAGGCGUUCACCUUUUCGCGAACUUCACGAAAACCUCAACACUCCGCUGCCGACAGAACCUUGAAAAUCGGUAUGGAAUCCAGGGCAUUUCUUCAGGCCUUCUUGGUGAUUUGCUUAGUGGUUUUAGCAGCUGAGGGAGAAAAGCACGACACAGUGGAGGCUGAAGAAGAGAAGGUUUUAAGCGUCCGAGACCUUCCGGUUGAAAUUGACUAUGAGCCCGUCGGUUGUUUUGAAGACAAGAAGACGAACAGAUCAUUAGACAAGCUCGUAAAAAACUUCAGAAAAAAACAGAACUUGGGGGGCAAAAACAUUUGGGUUUAUUGGAAGUAUAAUAUGAGCUACAUCAUUCAACUCUGCGCUGAGGAGGCCUUCCGGCAGGGCUACACCAUGUUUGGAAUGCAAUAUUACGGAGAGUGUUGGUCUGGGAAAGAUCCUGAGAAACAUUAUAACAAUCACGGCAAGUCGAGGAAUUGCAUCAAUGGCGUGGGAAAGGCAUACACAAAUUAUGUUUAUCGCAUCAAAGUGAAGCCAGUCCAAAUCAAAGCUCCGUCCUCGGUUUGUAAUGUCGAAGGCCAGACAUACGAUGAUGGUGACAGCAUGGAGGUGUACAGAGGAGAUCUGGCCAGCGGUGAAUGUGAGCAGUGCACGUGCAAAGAGGGAAAACUAGACUGUCACCACAUUUUCCAUUGUGUUCUCAACGAUUCAAGUUGUGACAGUUACGUCAAAAAGCCAGACCAAUGCUGUCCAGAAUGUCAACGAGAUGUCCCCAUUGACGCGCCUAAAUGUAAAGUGAAGGACAAAACUUACAAUCAAGGUCAAAGUAUGGAGAUUCUACAGGACUAUGGCGGUAAACAGCUUGCAGAAUGCCACCAGUGCACGUGCAUGGAUGGAAAACUGGACAAAUGUCACAGAAUCUACUACUGCGAGCUAAACAAACCAGGAUGUACAAACUUCAUUAAAUCUGCGGGCCAGUGCUGCCCAACGUGCGCCCGCGUGUUACCCAAGCCCGCUCCUCCAAGUUGUAAGGUAGGAGGACGGAACUACAAGGACGGAGCCAGCAUGGAAGUGUUGCACAUGUCCUACGAUCAAAAGAAUGCCUCCUGCCAACAGUGUAGAUGCAAAGAAGGCCAAGUGGACGGAUGUCAUCACAUCUUCCACUGUACACUUGACGACCCAAGCUGUGCGCGUUAUGAGAAGCGUUCCCAUGAGCAGUGUUGCCCUGCCUGUGUUAAACUUGAGCCCAAUCCGCAAUCUCCCGGUUGUAAAAUAAAUGGCCUGCUAUACAAAGAUGGUGAAAGUGCCGAGGUCUUGCAGGAAUCCGCUGAUAAGGCCAGCAUCAUCUGCCAGCAGUGCAAGUGCGAAGCAGGGAAACACAGCUGCCAUAAAAUCUUUGACUGUGAUAUCCAGAAGGUAGCCUGCGAAAGAUCCAUCAAAAUCCCUGGACAAUGUUGCCCAGAGUGUGCCUGCUUCCACAACGGAGAGCACUUGUCCCCCGGAGAUCAAUGGCAAAAGGUUUCUGGAGACGAGUGUGUAACAUGCACGUGCAGAAAAGACGGCACUGCAAACUGCACGAGAAUGCCGGGAAGCUGUCAGUCAGAAUGAGAUGGACAGUGGCUUUGUGCAACAUCAAUUGUUUAAAUGCAUUGGAUGGGAAUCAAAUAAAUAGUGAUGAAGUUCUACAUCUGUAAAUUAAAAUUAAAAUGCACUUAAUGCGACAGAAUAUAAACCUUCAAUUGAAAACUGA